UAGAGCCAGGAAGAAUGACACGGCUGGUAUUCGUGUUCAUCGCUGUCUUCGCACUUCACACGUGCCUUGAUGGUGGCGGCUGUCUGGCGCUGCGUGGCGUCAAGCUGUGGGUGCCAGAGGCAGUGCGAGCCGGAUCGCGCGUGCGCCUCCUCUGCGACUACGACCUCGAGCAGGCGGCGCUCUACUCCAUCAAGUGGUACCGAGGCGACCAGGAGUUCUACCGAUACGUGCCCAAGGAGAGCCCGCCCACCAGGGUCUUCGCACUGCCGGGCGUCAACGUCGACGUGUCGCUCUCUGACGAGCGCGAGGUGACGCUGGAGGACGUGCAGCCGCGGCUGACGGGCGAGUACAAGUGCGAGGUGUCCGCCGACGCACCGCUCUUCCACACCGACAUCAAGACCGCCCACAUGACCGUCGUCGACGCCCCGACAGAGGCGCCGCUGAUCUCUGUGGAGCGGCAGCGAGACUUCAUCGUGGCCAACUGCACGUCGCGACCUUCCGUGCCGGCCGCCAACAUCUCCUGGCUCAUCAACAGCCACCAGGUGAGUCCAUCACGUACCUCGUAA